UCUCUCCCCCGUGCCUCUCUUUUUCAUUUCUAGCCAUCGACGAAAACAAAAUCUCUCGGAUUCUUCACGUAGAACCGAUUUCAUCAGAGAAGAAGGGUGUGUAUCUCUCGGAUAUUCACGCGAGCUUCAUCUCCUUUCCAACCCGUAUGUUUUCUCUCCCCCUUUCCCUCUUUCUAUCGUUUUCAAGCUCUAACGCCGAUCGGUAAAUUCCUUCUAUUCUUCAGCAGAAACAUCUUCGCAUACUCUGGGUUGGCUCAGAUCAGAUUCGUGGCUUCAGGUUGGUUGCUGUUUUUUUUCUCCUUCAACCUUAGCUCGUUCUUUUAUGGCGGCGGCUACCUCUUCAUUCUCUCUGGCUCUUUGUGAGCCUUCAUCAUUGUCGUCUUCUAAAACCCUUAAACCCGUCUCUAAAACCUUCAGUCUAGGUUUCGCGACGUCGGUUUCGAAGGGCCUGGGGGCUCUCAGAGCUAAAGCCCCUGGUUUUGUCGGCGCGUCUGCUCUCGGUGCCAAAAUGGUUUCGAUGCCGGCCAUAAAGCCCCUGACCUCGCUUGAUUUCGAGACCAAUAUCUUUAAGAAGGAGAAGGUCAACCUCGCUCGUCACGACGAGUAUAUUGUGACAGAAGGGAGGGAUUUAUUCCCUUUGCUGCCGGAUGCAUUCAAGGGGAUUAAGCAGAUUGGUUGUAUUGGCUGGGGUUCCCAGGGACCCUCUCAAGCCCAGAAUUUAAGAGAUUCUCUUGCCGAAGUGAAAUCUGAUAUCGUGGUCAAGAUUGGACUUAGGAAAGGUUCCCGUUCCUUUGCUGAAGCUCGCUCAGCUGGUUUCACUGAAGAGAAUGGCACUCUAGGUGAUAUAUGGGAAACUGUCUCAGGCAGUGAUCUUGUGUUGCUAUUGAUAUCUGACUCUGCACAGGCAGUGAUAUAUGGGAAUUUUAGAAUCUGAUUUGUAGAGAUGUAUGGGUGAUAUUAGUGAUAUUGUGUAGAUAAUAUGAAGCUGGUUUUAUUUGUAGAGAUCCAUACGAGAUGUGUAGCUUUUAAUCCACUGCCUCAUAUUUAAUUACCAACAUAUUUAAUUACCAACAUUCAACAUAUUUUAUCUUGGAUGAACAAAUUGUAUAUGUGUUUGUUGUUCCUUAAA